GAAGAUCCAAAAUUAAGAGGAAAAAUCGAUGGAAGCGAUGGAAAAUCAAGGAGUUGCAAAGGAAUUAAUUUGGGGAGAUCACAAAGACACGCUGGACAGGUUUGAGAAGGAUUGUGUUCCAGGGAUGGCGUCGAUAGAAAAUCGUUGCGUAGCGAUACCAGGGUGUCUCAUCUCCAAUCACUACGAAACUAUUUCAGACCAAGAGAAAUUCGAACUCUUACACAGGCACGGCAUGCCUCACGAGUUGAAAGAAGAUUGGUCUAAAGGGUGGAAGAGACGAAUUCUUCAACGAUUUUGUAAUAAUAAAUUAUUCAUCGAUGUCUAUCUCAAUCACAUUGCAAGCACGAAGAUUCCAGCAGCCUCCUUCUCAUUCUACAAACAUCCAUGCUGGAUCAAAAAAGGAUACACAGCGUCGAAAAUUCUAUACAAAGGAACCAUAAACGGGAUCUUACCUAUAGAUGAAAUCGAUUAAUUUUCCAUAGAAUAUGAGUUGUAUAUAUGUAUAUUAAAUGGCAUCACUUAAUCUUCAUUGUAAAUAUGUUUCACUGUAAUAUAUGGACAUGGGAAACUAGGUUUUGAAUAUUAUGACAAUGUUAAUAUGGACAAUAUUUUGGACGAUCGACGCUCGAAUGGAAAUAUUAAAAGGGUCUAAAAAUAGUGUACAGCAUUUCAAAGUUCUUAGAGACGGGUCUGGAAAAUAUUUCCUUUGGGUGGUGAAAUUCAAUUCAUUAAACAAACUUGUCGAGUAUCAUCGAACAUCCUCUGUGAGCAGAACACAGGUGAUUCAUCUCAGAGACCCACCUAUAACAAUAGAUACGAGUAAGACACCAGAUGAGCUCAGAAUGCAGUUGGGUGCUGGGAAAAAGAAGUACAAGGCAUUAUGGGAUUUCGAGGCAGUGGAAGAGGGAUAUAUGUCUUUAAAAAAGAAUGAUACCAUUACUCUCAUCAACAAGGUAGAAGGUGAUUGGUGGAUGGGAGAGAUCGUAACGGAAACUGGAACACGAGAUGGUCUAUUCCCCGCGACAUAUGUUGAAGAAAUUCAUUCUUAAAACACCGUUAAACGCCUUAAACCACGAGCACAUGACCAAAAAGUCUCCCUGAUUAUCUGCAUAUAUAGACAUUAAGAAUCGGGUAGGUAGAGGUUAACUAUAUUGAUAAUUCAUACUGCUUCUUUUAAUAUUUGUACAUUUUUUAGAAAAGUCUUUUAGUAUCAAUUAUGUGCGCCCAGGAAUUUAUUCGGAAUUUUCCUUUCACAGGUACAUUUUUUCAAAUAAAGGAUAGACAUAUAAAAGCUGGUAAAAAUCCAGGGGCAGGGGGUAUCAUGAACCCACUCUACUUCGGUUCAAUGAAUAAAAAUGCCCGAAGAUUUGUGCCCCCCCCCCUUGAAAGUGAGGAAUGAAAUAUAUCCCAUUUUCCCUUAUGUAAUGGAUCCCUAUCCCCCUUCUUUUGCUUAUCAGAACUUUUUUUCAAGUGAAGUUAGAGUGAACUAUUUUUAGCGAGUUUAAACAAUAGUUGUCAGAGUGAUGGGCUUAAACAACGUGCUUAAAAUGUUAAACAUCGUUCAAGUUAUAUCCCGACUUACGAGGUCCAUCAGGGGCAACUUUUGUUGUUAAGAUGUUGAAAAAGUUCAGUGAAAAAUUUACAGCAUUUCUAAAUCAUUUGAGUUAUCAAUACGAUUGUAAGAAAAUGUUUAGAUUUUGAAACAAUUUCCAUUGAUUGCGUAGUAAAAUAAUUUUGCUUUACCAUAUCACCAUGAUUUUUUUAAUUUAAAAAGGUUUCUAAGCUGGGGGAUUUACGACUGCUUUAUAAUGUUGAGUAUAUUCAUUGCGUAUAAUUAUGUUCAUUGUGAGUUAUAAAUUUGCAUAUUUCGCACAUCAUUUUCAAAAUAAUUAUUUAAGAUUUCAUUGAUAUUUAUGAUUUUUCAACAUAAUAUAUACAGUAUUACUUAUGGUGAUGUAUUUUGUUUUUGUAUUGAAGAAUUGUUAUGUAAUUAUUAUAGUAUGUUAUUUCGAUAAUUUUUUCAAUAAAGUAUAGGCUAUCGGAGGAUAGUAUAAAUGAGUAUACGAGAACAACCAUUAUGCUAUGAAAUAUCACUCUUUCAAUAUAAUUCAAAUUCCCUUUUUAUGGGUGAAAAUAUUCAAACUGGUUUAGUUUAUAUAUUAUAGAAAAUAACACGAAGAGGAAUUCGAAAAUGACCAAUGUGUAUGUAAACAAUGCAUGUUUUUGCGAUAAUUUGGUUCAAGCAUGUAACCAUUUAUUAAAUGUUAUUUUAAGCACAUUUUUAAAAUUAAUUAAAUAUAUAUAUAUAUAUGUGA